AUGAGUUUAGAAUUAUUGGCAAACGAACUUUUACUUGAUCUAUUUGAAUAUCUAAAUGCUUACAAUCUUUUUCGUGUUUUUCAUGGUCUUAAUGCUCGUUUUAAUCAACUUCUCUUCAUUCAACUUCAAAAAUAUUAUCUCGAUUUUCGUUUAAUAUCAAAAAAUGAUUUCGAAUAUUUCUGUCAACAAUAUCUUACCAUUAUUAACAAUCGAGUUAUUUCACUUCAUCUUUCCGAUGAUGUUGAAACACCAAAUUUACCGCAAGUUUUUCUAUCUUAUGGCUAUCGUAUCAAUCAAUUCAUUCAUUUGAAAUUUCUUUCAAUUGACUGUAUCUCUUCUUUUGAUCUAUUGAAUCAAAUAAUAUUUCAAUGUCAUGAACUUUCAUAUCUAACACAUCUAAACAUAAUGAUACACAACAAACAAGAACCAGAAGAAAACUUUCGUGCUUUCAUAAACGAUAUUUGGAGUCUAUCAAAACUUACGCAUUGUUAUCUCGAUAUUCAAUAUCCAUAUGCAACAUGGCUCCUUGAAAUGACAAUGAUUUCUCAAUCUAUCAAAUAUUUGUCUACUAAAAACAUUUGUUAUAGUUCAUAUAGUUUAUUCCAUUUAUUCAAACAUACACCAAAUCUUGAACGACUUUAUAUAGGUAGUAUGGGUCAAUUCUAUGAUCAACAUAUACAAACAAUCAUUCCAUCAUUAAUUACAUUGAGUAUGACUGCUCAAUUUACAUUACAAUGGAUGAAAAAUCUUUUUCAACAAAUACCAAAUUUAUGUUAUUUAACACUUGAAAUAAAUAAUAUUUAUUUAGAUGGACAAGGAUGGGAGAAGAUUCUUACCAAUUAUUUUCAUAAUAUUAAAAUAUUUCGUCUUAAAAUGACAGUUGAAUUUUCUCCUUUGGAAGAUAUAGAAGAACAAGUCGAUCAACUACUUAAUUCAUUUCGAAGUCAUUAUUGGAUUGAAAAACAUCAAUGGUUUGUUCGAUGUGAUUGGUGUCCAAUGGAUAUAAAUAAGACAGGUCUUCUUUAUACGUUACCAUAUGCUUUUAAUACAUUUUAUUAUACAGAUGGUAAUCAAUCGAAAUCAACUAAUUCAAAUAACUUGGAUUAUUCUUUUCAUAAUUCAUCGAAAAUACUUCAUCAUACUAAUCAUAAAAGAGAUUUUUCUAAAAAUUGGAUUCUUUAUCCUGUUCGAUUUUUUAAUAUUUGUCAUCUUAAUAUCAGACUUCCAUUUGAUGAUACAUUCUGGUCACUUAUUUCAACAUUGGAUCAUUUAAUUUCACUUGAUGUUAAAUUAAAUCAAGAUUUAGAUUAUUCUCAAUUACAAGUAUUACUUGAUCGAGCAUCUCAUCUCUAUUCAUUGCGUUUUUAUCAUUUGAAUGAUUUCUCCAUGACAUCAUUCAAUAUCAAAAGUAGAUCAAUUCGUCGACUUGAAUUUUUUCAACAUUUCGAAGUCCGUUUGCGUUAUUUUAACAGUGAAGAAUGUACUAUUUUGGCUAAUUCAUCACUUGCUUUUCAAUGUGAAGUUCUUAUGAUUGAUGUCGAAAGUCGAGAAAAUAUUCUUGAACUCAUCAAUAUAAUGCCCAAUCUUCGAGCAUUAAGUGUUCGCUGUAAAGAUAAUGAAAAUAAUCAAUAUAAAUCAUUUGAAACAAAUGAUAAUAUAAUGGAAUGGUUACAUCAACACUUACCAUCGAAAUAUACAUAUUCAAUCAAUCGAAAUUUAUAUAAUAUUGCUCGUAUUAAUUUAUGGAUUUAG